GCGAUGAGACAUCAUUUGUCAUCUCCUCAAGUUCACUUGGUCAAACCCUUGUACCAGAAAUUCAUGGCAUGCCAAAAUUAGAUGCAAUAUACAUCUUUUGUGGCAACAAGCAACGUCACCAAGAAUGGGCUAAAAAUUGGCCCAAAAUUAAAGGUGUGCAUACAUCAAUCAAGCACAUCUGUGAAAACCUGGCAAUGGCUAUAAAACAAUGUGAUCAAAGUCAGGUAACUGUUAGUAUUAUUAGUGCUAGUGAAGGAGGAGAAAAAGCUCUGCCUCCGAAUCAUCCCGAAUUGGCUGCUUCCUACUACAUCAUCGCUGGAGUGUACUACCAUAUGGGUGACUACUCGAGAGCACUUGAAUUUAAUGAAAAAGCAUAUAAAAUCAUCGAAAAAGCUCUGCCUCCCAAUCAUCCCCAUUUGGCUAGUGCCUACAACAACUUCGCUAGAGUGUAUGACAAAAUGGGUGACUACGCGAAAGCACUUGAAUUUUAUGAAAAAGCACUUAAAAUCGACGAAAAAGCUCUGCCUUCGAAUCAUCCCGAUUUGGCUCAAUCCUACAACAACAUCGGUGGAGUGUAUUACCAUAUGGGUGACUACUCGAAAGCACUUGAAUUUUACGAAAAAGCACUGAAAAUCAGAGAAAAAGCUCUGUCUCUGAAUCAUCCCGAUUUGGCUAUGUCCUACAACAACAUCGGUCUUGCGUAUAACGACAUGGGUGACUACUCGAAAGCACUUGAAUUUUAUGAAAAAGCACAUAAAAUCUUCGAAAAAGCUUUACCUUCGAAUCAUCCCGAUUUGGCUACUUCAUACAACAACAUCGGUGGAGUGCAUGGCGACAUGGGUGAUUACUCGAAAGCACUUGAAUUUUACGAAAAAGCACUGAAAAUAACAGAAAAAGCUCUGCCUCCGAAUCAUCCAGAUUUGGCUAGUUCAUACAACAACAUCGGUCUUCCGUAUUACAACAUGGGUGACUACUCGAAAGCACUUGAAUUUUACGAAAAAGCACAUAAAAUCUUCGAAAAAGCUCUGCCUCCGAAUCAUCCCGAUUUGGCUACUUCAUACAACAACAUCGCUAAAGUGUAUGAUAACAUGGGUGACUACUCGAAAGCACUCUCACUUCUAGAGAGGGCACUUGCUAUUUUACAAAAAUCGCUUCCACCAAACCACCCUCGUAUUCAGAACGUCACAAAAGGGAUUGCCUAUGUAAAAAAGAAAAUGUAA